UUUUAAUUGUUUUUUUUCCAGGACUGGGGUGAACAGGAAGAAGGAGGCUGGAGGAAGCGUGGUGAGGGCGAUUCAGACUGGCGACGUCCUGUUGGUGACCGGGAGUGGCGUCAGGAGGGGCGUGAAGGCCGUGAAGACAAUGAUCGAGAAGACCGUGACCGUGAAAUGCCCUUCCGGAGAGGAGGAGAAAGUUCUAGUCGUGGUGGUUCAGAUGACAGAGGACUCCGCCGUGGCUUUGAUGAUGAACGAGGUCCGCGCCGAGGAGGUGACGAUGACCGUGGACCCAGACGGGGAUUUGAUGAUGACCGUGGGCCCAGGAGGGGCGUUGACGAUGACCGAGGUAACCGAAAAGCUGAUGAGGACCGCGGACCAAGGCGUGGAAUGGACGAUGACCGUGGCCCCAGACGAGGUGAUGAUGACCGUGGCCCAAGAAGAGGCUUUGAUGAUGACCGUGGACCCCGUAGAGGCAUGGAUGAACCCAGGGGGCCUCGACGUGGGGCAGAUGAUGACUGGGGCCCCAGAAGAGGAGGGGAUGAUGAGAGGGGAGGCCGUAGGGGUAUGGAUGACUCUGGCCCACGUCAUGGAGAUGACUCUAAACCCUGGAAACCUCUUGGGAGACCAGGUGCAAGCUCAUGUGGUAUUUCUGUUUCUUUUCUUGCAGAGGGCAUGUUGCUAAAUAUGUGUUUUAAAGGGUUCAUAUCAUGAGGAAUCUAAUUUUCC